AUGGAAGCUAGGAAUCUUACCUCUAUCAUAGAAUUCAUCCUGGUGGGUCUCACCAAUGACCGAAAGAACCAGAUUCUGCUCUUUGUGGUAACCCUCCUCCUCUACUCGCUUAGCAUUGCAGGGAACACGGUGGUGAUCAUACUGGUACAGACUGACUCCCGCCUCCACACACCCAUGUACUUCUUCCUCACACAUCUCGCAGGUGUAGAGAUCUGCUACAUCACCACCACUUUGCCCCAGAUGCUGUUUAACCUUAUGACUGGGAAUGGAGUCAUUUCCUUAACACGUUGCGCAAUCCAGAUGCACCUGAUCUUGACUCUGGGAGGCACCGAGUGCAUUCUGCUGGCCGCCAUGGCCUAUGACCGCUACUUGGCCAUCUGUCAUCCCCUGCUAUAUGCCAUUCUCAUGAGUAGGGGGCACCAAUUGCAGCUCGCCUCAGCCUCCUGGGCUUGGGGCAUCCUCCUUGCUACCAUAAAUGUGAGCUGCACCUUUCGACACCAGUUCUGUGGACCCAACCACGUCAACCACUUCAUCUGUGAACUGCCUGUAGUACUGAAACUUGCAUGCACCAACACUCAGGUCACAGAGCUUGUUGUGUUUUCAACAGCCACUCUGAUUCUUGUGGGUCCCCUUUCUGUUAUCCUGACUUCUUAUGGGCUCAUUCUAUCCACUGUAUUAAAGGUGAAGACCAAGGCUGGACGACAAAAGGCCUUCUCAACAUGUGCCUCCCAUUUGGCGGUGGUCACUGUAUUCUAUGGCACGGUUAUCACCAUGUACAUGAGGCCAGGAUUGGGCACAGCUUCUGAUUUCGACAAACACAUUGCUGUCUUUUACAUUAUGGUCACCCCUUUGCUGAACCCCAUCAUUUACACCCUGAGGAAUAAGGAUAUCCAUGCAGCAGUGGCAAAGUUGAUGGGAAACGGAGUCUGGAAUAAAUAG